AUGCAAGGCCAGAAAGACGCGCUUUCUCGGUCGGAUGUGAAACCAAAAUCUAGGAUUCUUAAGCUGAAAUCCAAGUUAGGCCGUAAGGGAGAUUCUCAGUUAGCAUGCGGGUGUGAUUUUGGAGGUGAAUACACUUCUAAUGAUUUCUCUCAGUUACUUGCCUCUGAUGGUACAAUUCACCAAACCUCAUGUACUGACACUCCUCAACAAAAUGGUGUGGCUGAAAGAAAAUAUCGUCAUCUUGUUGAAACAGCUCUUUCUUUUAUGCUAUCAGCCGAGGUUCCUAGUGUGAUUUGGGGGGAAACAGUUCUUACCACUGCUCAUGUAAUCAAUAGAAUCUCAAUAUCUCAUAAUUCAGGUUUGUCUCCUUUUGAAAAAUUAUAUGGUCAUUCACCUGAUUAUUCCUCGUUGCGUGUUUUAAGUUGUAUUUGUUUUGUCCUUCGACCACAUGUAGACCGUAAUAAGUUGUCUCCCCUGUCUACCUUAUGUGUCUUUCUGGGUUAUGGUGUUGGUCAAAAGGGGUAUCGUUGUUUUGAUCCAGUUAGUCAAAAAUUAUAUGUUUCGCGUCAUGUUGUGUUUUUAGAGCACAUUUCAUUCUUCUCUUUUCCUACUAGUUCAAAUCAUAUGACCCAAGCAGAUCUAGUUCGUAUUGAUCCCUUUGACACUAAGUUCGAUGAAUAUAUAUCUAAUACUUUAGUUCACGAUACUUUGGUUCACGAUACAUCCAUCUCCCAUUUCCCUGCUCCUACAACCACCCAAAUUCUGGAUGAGAUUGUGGAUCCUCUUCCUAGUAUAUCUAAUACUUUGGUUCACGAUACAUCCAUCUCCCAUGUCCCUGUUGUUACGACCACCCAAUUGUCGGAUGAGAUUGUUGAUCUUCCUCCCCGUCACUCCAUUUUCACUCGUAAGUCUAGUAAACUUCCCGAUUUUAAGUACUCCUCUUAUUCUACUUCAUUUGCUUCCUUUGUCACUUAUGUUCGUCGUUUUUCUGAGCCUUCAUCCUAUAAGCAGGUAGUUCGCGAUCCUCUUUGA